CCCUCCCUCCCCCCCCCAAUCACUGAGCUGGCAAGGCCCCAGACAAGGGGCUGCUUUGUCAGCCUGGGCCAGAGGGAACAGGACCUGCAGCAGCAGCGCAGAGAUCCGUCCGCACUGAACCUGGAACAGGAAACCGACGGAAACUCCUACGGGCUGCUCUGGGCCCAUGAGAUUCUCUCUCUCAGCAAGCUGAACUGAAAGAUCCAGAAACAAAAUCAGUUAGAUCCACUGGCAACUGUUCAACCUUCAGACCUAUCCAGAUGGUGACCUCCUCUGGUCGGCUCCCCGGCUCUGCCCCAGCCCGGAUCACCGUGGAAUAAGAGGCCUUGCUUUGAUAUCUGCUGUAUUCCCAGUGCCUAAAAAUACUGCUUGACACACAUUCCUAGAGGAACCUUGCUUGUCCAUGUCCUUGAUUCGAUCCCAUAGCAGUUCAUCCAAGAGUCCUCUAACCCCAGAGAUGUCGGGUCCCCAUACUAUAAACUCCACAAGGCAAGUCGGACUAAAUGCUGUUGGAUGGACAAAUGGAACAACUUUUUCUCUUUAUUUCUUUUGUCCUUGUCCCCAGCUAUACGCCCCACAGCGAGGAGGAGUGGACAGAAAAAGGCACACCAUGAUUCUCCAACGGCUCAAGCUGGCCAUCUGCUUUAGGGGGUCCCUUCCACUGCAACACCCAGCGCUGCUAUGGAGGGCGUUACUGCAGAGAAGAAGAGACGGCAGGCAUAUUGGAUUGAGGGCCAACACUACUCUGGCCCAGAGUGAAGCCUGCUUAAUAUCGAUGCCCACGAAUAUCAGUAGAAUGAGCCAAUCUAUGAAGAAAUCAAUUCUGGACCUAGUAUCAGUCACCCUUCUGUUGUGUCUUGUGUUGAUGAGAGAUGAUAGAAUCCCUCAGAAGGAGAAACAUCUGCUCCCAGGCGGCGGUCGACCACGGGUAACUGAAAUGCCGAAAGCAAAACUGCAGCAAAAUACACUGAAUGCCUGCUAUAUGCCAGGGACUAGACAUGUGGAACAAAGCACGGAGCCUGUUUUCGUGUCGCUCACAAAGUGAUGGGAGAUGGAGGAGCGGAGACACCAUACUGUGGUAUGGUAUCCUGGAGAUUGCUUCCCUGCAGUGCCAGCCUGGACAACUACAAGAUGAAAAAAAGACACGUAGGCUGGGAGGUGGUUCAUACUAGUAGAGACUGUAUGUUUCUCUACGAUCAUUUCCUUAGUGGCCAGAUGGCCAAACCCCAUUGCUGAUGUGUUACACACUAUUGAGCCUGUUUGCCUAUUGUUGGACACUUGGGUUGUUUACUAUUAAUGGUGCUGUGGUGAUCCUUUGAAGAUGUUUGAAGCAGUAGUUCAUGUGAUGUAUUCAGAUUAACCACAUGAAACAUCUUUAUUUUUCAUCAACCUUUAAAAAUCUACUUUAACUUCAUUAUAAUUUUUACCAAAAUGAACAACAAACCCCACCUCGGCCCUGUUGAUCAAGAGCUCUGACUGGGUUUC